ACACAGAGGAAAGAAGACGCCCUGCAGAGGCUCUCAAACACGCCAGUAGUUUUAGCGUUUUAACUAUUUUAACACAGACACGGGUGGAGGCAUACUUUAACCUCCGCAUGCCCGAGGGUCGCGUGUUCCCGGUGUGGCGGGGGAUCGGGAUCGGUGCUGGCGGUGGGGGCAGCUGGAUCCAGGGCUGGGGCCGCUGCCUGCAAUGGGAGCCUGACUGUCCAGGACCAGGGGCACGGAUCCCGGCGUUCGACUACCCCGUGUGGGUCGUCCUCUGUCAGGGGGGACGCGCCAGGCUCAGGGAGGUCUGUCAGAGAGGGAGGGGGGCCAUCAGACUGCCCAAAGACAUGCUCAGCAUCAAGCUCCCCCAGCUCUUCGACAUCCACCAGAUCCCCAAGGUGUUCAGGGAGGAAAGCAUCAUCUCUGGAUACCGCCACCCCCACAGCUCAGCGCUGGACUGCGUCCUCAGCAGCUUCCAGAUGAACAACGAGACGGUCAACAUCUGGACCCACUUCCUGCCAACAUGGUACUUCCUGUGGCGUUUCUUUGCGCUCUGCUCCACCAUGAACUUCCUGACGGACAGCUACACCUGGCCGCUGCUGGUGUACAUGCUGCUCAUCUGCAUCUACCCCUUCACCUCCAGCUGUGCUCACACCUUCAGCACCAUGUCCCCAGAGUCCCGCCACAUCUGUUACUUCUUUGACUACGGAGCCAUCAGCCUCUACAGUCUGGGGUGUGCCAUAAGCUACGGGCAUUAUGUCAUGCCAGACGGCUGGGUGAACACCUGGCUCCAUCAACACUUCGCCCCCAUCGCCAUUGGAAACACGGUGCUGUGCACCAGCCUGUCCUGCUAUUCCAGGUUCCUGGAGCUGCAGUUCCCCCAGAGGAGUAAAGUCCUGAGGACGGGAGCGUUUGUCCUUCCUUUUAUAUUUGACACUGUUCCUCUGUUUUACAGGAUCCUUCUGUGCUGCGGGGGAAACUGCCUCCCGAGCGAGGCCCUGUCCAGUCACUGUUACCACCUCGUCUUCGCCUUCCUCACCUGUUUCCUGUUUACCUCCCACUUCCCGGAGAGGUUGGCCCCCGGGCGCUUCGACUACUUUGGCCACAGCCACCAGCUGUUCCACAUCAGCGCAGUGGUGGGGACCCACUUCCAGAUGGAGGGUGUGAUGGCAGACAUGGCGUCGCGGCGGACGUGGCUCCUGGCCCACGGAGCCGGGCCCUCCUUCCUGGGGACCAUCGGGGUGCUGGUGGCCAGCCUCGUCCUCAACCUGGGCAUCAUCGGCAUUUUCAGCGCCCCGUUGCUGUGGAAACAAUGCCACAGCUCCAACCAGCCGCACACCUCCGCCUGCGAGUGCAAGGAGAAGUGACAAAGUGUCUCGGGCAGUUUGAGAUGACUAACAGUCACCGUAUAGCUCGUUUAACACCAAGAUAAAGAUCACGUCCACAGCUCAAAGUAGUUCUCUAACACCCUGACACCUGAAGUAUUCAUUCAUGUGUUCACUCAGCAGCUGAGGACCCAGUCGCCUUUAUUGAAGCCUUUUUCUGAUGCUACAUUAAGCUCCUAUUUGAGAAUACAUGUCUGCCGUGUACAAAAUGUUUAUUUAUUUCCCCCAAUGUUCAUCUAAAAAGGCUCUGGGUUGAAGGAAGCUUGCUGAGAAGUGCCUUAUUGUAGACCCACACUGCAUUUGCAAUGUUUACAGUUCAUCACUAAAAGUACAUUUCAAAUCUCAAACUGGAAACAUCUAAUAUCGCAGGGAUUAUUAUAAUUAUUUUGUUGCAUAUCCAGAAUCUCCUUUUACGUUAUUAAGGAUUUAUUGAAAAUAUUCUUUGUAACUGGACUUCUUGGUUAGUGUGUUUAAAGCAGUGUUUCGGCUCUCCUUAAUACGAUGCAGAUUGGUUACCGGCUCUUAUACAUCCACCUAUUGAUUUCACUCUGCAGGGACGGGAAUGGAUUUGCAGAUCAUGUGGUUCCUUUUUUUCUGAUUGCCUGCCUUAUUAUGAACCCCACAAUCCACCCUCAAAAAUCUUACAGUGCGGCGGUGAUUAAAAGACAGGUACCAUUUUUUAUAACGGUACAUUACCAUGGCAACACUAUAGUGGCCUCAUGCCCCCUGAAGGUCUUGAACAAUUUUUAUGUUCAGAGCAAACGGCACCAUUUUCUCUUUUCUCUUGUUCUUCUCUUGUUCUUCCAUCACAUAUCUGCUCCGAACAUUUAUCACAUACAAAAGCACUGAAAUUCCGCAUUUGCAUUUUUCCAUUGCAGUCACAUUUCCAACCCUUGAGGUUUAUAACUUGAAA